AUGGAGUACCAUGUCUUUAAGCAUCCGUACAUACUAAUUGAAGACGCCACGGGGAAGCAUAGGCCAUUCCACAAAGAAUACAGCAGAGACAGCAAAGACACCCUCAUCCCAGAAAUCAGCCUGACAAGACAGGCCCCAAAUAAAAAGAUAAAGGCCCCGAAGAAGACAGGCAUAUGCGAGCUGUGUGUAGCCAAGUACUCAGACUACGAGAGCCACAUAAAAACCCCGAAGCACAGCCAUGUGGAGAGCAAUAUUAUGUACAACUAUGCAGAAAUAGAUGCUCUAUCAGAGAAACUGAAAAUGAAAAGAUUGAAGAAAAGAGAAACAAAGAAGCGGCUAUUCAUUGAAUAA